AUGGCACAGAUCGCGCCUCGACCUAAUAUGGAAAUGCCAGAGAUAAGUCUCUCCUCAUCGCCAUCCCCGGAUCUGGAACCACCGCAUAAGUACCUGCAACACACCCGCAGCAAAUCUCUGCUACCACCGGCCGCCCGUGAUAUGGCCGACUUUAGCCGUAACCAUGGCAACGACCAGGACGCACCCGCCGACCAAUCAGGAGACAGCAGCCCUGGUGCAAGGAGAUUGGCCCCCCCACCCCCAACAGAGGACAGGCCAUAUAGCGAACGUCUGAUUGAUGUGUCUGAUCCGAUUGCUAUGGGCAACUACAUGAACAAGCACACUGUGUAUGCAGUCAUCUGGCACGAAGG